ACCAUUAACAGGCAGUGGCGUGUGGCUGUCAUUGAGCAAAGGAGCUUCAGCAGGUCCUGGAAAACCGUCUGGAACUACAACACGGGCAUCAUUGCAACCAAAGUCACACAACAGAACACCUGCUACAUUUCCAUCAUGAACAGAAAUGAGAUGCCUCGCUUUGAUAACCUGGCCCGCCUGGCACAAGAGAGCAGGAACAUGAUUGGCGCUUUUGGAAGACAUACCAAGAGAAUCACCUUUGUCACCAAUGGAGUGGUCAACAACCUCAACUCCUAUGGAAUAGAAAUCGCGGCUAUGUGCAGCGGACUCACCACCUACAUGGCUUAUGAAGUUCACAGUGAGUCUUUCCAAGGACCCCAGGUGAAUCUGGGAUCAUGCAUUACCCUCGAUGUCCUGAGAGUUGUGGACCUGCAGUACUGCAUUGGCAAUGGCAGUGUCAAUUUCCCGUCUCAGCAGAUUCCCAGUGGCAUCUUCAACCACACGCAAGUCAUCAUUGGUGGCCAGUCCCAAAUUGUGACCAUCAACAGGCAAUGGCGUGUGGCAAUCAUUGAGAGAAGGAACAUCAGCGGGUCCUGGAAAACCAUCUGGAACUACAACACGGGCGUCAUUGCAACCAAAGUCACGCAACAGAACACCUGCUACAUUUCCAUCAUGAACAGAAGUGAGAUGCCCCGCUUUGAUAACCUGGCCCGCCUGGCACAAGAGAGCAGGAACCUGAUUGGUGUUUUUGGAAGACAUACCAAGAGAAUCACCUUUGUCACCAAUGGACUGGUCAACAACCUCUACUCCUACGGAAUAAACGUCGCGGCUAUGUGCAGUGGACUCACCACCUACAUGGCUUCUGAAGUUCACACUUUCCAAGGACCCCAGGUGAAUCUGGGAUCAUGCAUUACCCUCGAUGUCCUGAGAGUUGUGGACCUGCAGUACUGCAUUGGCAAUGGCAGUGUCAAUUUCCCGUCUCAGCAGAUUCCCAGUGGCAUCUUCAACCACACGCAAGUCAUCAUUGGUGGCCAGUCCCAAAUUGUGACCAUCAACAGGCAAUGGCGUGUGGCAAUCAUUGAGAGAAGGAACAUCAGCGGGUCCUGGAAAACCAUCUGGAACUACAACACGGGCGUCAUUGCAACCAAAGUCACGCAACAGAACACCUGCUACAUUUCCAUCAUGAACAGAAGUGAGAUGCCCCGCUUUGAUAACCUGGCCCGCCUGGCACAAGAGAGCAGGAACAUGAUUGGCAUUUUUGGAAGACAUACCAAGAGAAUUACCUUUGUCACCAAUGGACUGGUCAACAACCUCUACUCCUAUGGAAUAAACGUCGCGGCUAUGUGCAGUGGACUCACCACCUACCUGGCUUCUGAAGUUCACACUUUCCAAGGACCCCAGGCGAAUCUGGGAUCCUGCAUUACCCUCGAUGUCCUGAGAGUUGUAGAGCUGCAGUACUGCAAUAGCAAUGGCAAUUGGAAUGGCCAAUGGAAUGGCAAUUGGAAUGGCAAUGGCAACGGCAACUGGAAUGGCCAAUGGAAUGGCAUUGGCAAUGGCCACUGGAACAACAACUGGAAUGGCAACGGCAAUGGCAACUGGAAUGGCAAUUGGAAUGGUAAUUGGAAUGGUAAUGGCAUUGGCAAUGGCAACUGGAACAACGAUUGGAAUGGCAUUGGCAAUGGCAACUGGAACAACGAUUGGAAUGGCAUCGGCAAUGGCAAGUGGAACAACAACUGGAAUGGCAAUGGGAAUUGGAAUGGCAACGGCAACUGGAACAACAACUGGAAUGGCAAUGGGAAUUGGAAUGGCAACAGCAACUGGAACAACAACUGGAAUGGCAAUGGCAACUGGAAUGGCAAUUGGAAUGGCAAUUGGAAUGGCAAUUUCCCGUCUCAGAAGUUUCCCGGCGGCAUCUUCAACAACACGCAAGGCAGCAUCUUCAACAACACCCAAGUCAUCAUUGGUGGCCAGUCCCAAAUUGUGACCAUCAACAGGCAAUGGCGUGUGGCUGUCAUUGAGCAAAGGAGCUUCAGCGGGUCCUGGAAAACUGUCUGGAACUACAACACGGGCGUCAUUGCAACCAAAGUCACGCAACAGAACACCUGCUACAUUUCCAUCAUGAACAGAAAUGAGAUGCCCCGCUUUGAUAACCUGGCCCGCCUGGCACAAGAGAGCAGGAACAUGAUUGGCGCUUUUGGAAGACAUACCAAGAGAAUCACCUUUGUCACCAAUGGAGUGGUCAACAACCUCAACUCCUAUGGAAUAGAAAUCGCGGCUAUGUGCAGCGGACUCACCACCUACAUGGCUUAUGAAGUUCACAGUGAGUCUUUCCAAGGACCCCAGGUGAAUCUGGGAUCAUGCAUUACCCUCGAUGUCCUGAGAGUUGUGGACCUGCAGUACUGCAUUGGCAAUGGCAGUGUCAAUUUCCCGUCUCAGCAGAUUCCCAGUGGCAUCUUCAACCACACACAAGUCAUCAUUGGUGGCCAGUCCCAAAUUGUGACCAUCAACAGGCAAUGGCGUGUGGCAAUCAUUGAGAGAAGGAACAUCAGCGGGUCCUGGAAAACCAUCUGGAACUACAACACGGGCGUCAUUGCAACCAAAGUCACGCAACAGAACACCUGCUACAUUUCCAUCAUGAACAGAAGUGAGAUGCCCCGCUUUGAUAACCUGGCCCGCCUGGCACAAGAGAGCAGGAACCUGAUUGGCGUUGUUGGAAGACAUACCAAGAGAAUCACCUUUGUCACCAAUGGACUGGUCAACAACCUCUACUCCUACGGAAUAAACAUUGCAGCUAUGUGCAGUGGACUCACCACCUACCUGGCUUCUGAAGUUCACACUUUCCAGGGACCCCAGGAGAAUCUGGGAUCCUGCAUUACCCUCGAUGUCCUGAGAGUUGUAGAGCUGCAGUACUGCAAUAGCAAUGGCAAUUGGAAUGGCCAAUGGAACGGCAAUUGGAAUGGCAAUGGCAAUGGCAACUGGAAUGGCCAAUGGAAUGGCAUCGGCAAUGGCCACUGGAACAACAACUGGAAUGGCAACGGCAAUGGCAACUGGAAUGGCCAAUGGAACGGCAAUGGCAAUGGCAACUGGAACAACGAUUGGAAUGGCAACGGCAACGGCAACUGGAAUGGCAUUGGCAAUGGCAACUGGAACAACGACUGGAAUGGCAAUGGGAAUUGGAACAACCAAUGGAAUGGCAUCGGCAAUGGCAACUGGAACAACAACUGGAAUGGCAAUUGGAAUGGCAUUGGCAAUGACAACUGGAACAACAAUUGGAAUGGCAAUGGCAACUGGAAUGGCAUUUGGAAUGGCAAUGGCAACUGGAACAACAACUGGAAUGGCAAUGGCAACUGGAAUGGCAAUUGGAACAACAAUUGGAAUGGCAAUUUCCCGUCUCAGCAGUUUCCCGGCGGCAUCUUCAACAACACGCAAGGCAGCAUCUUCAACAACACCCAAGUCAUCAUUGGUGGCCAGUCCCAAAUUGUGACCAUCAACAGGCAAUGGCGUGUGGCUGUCAUUGAGCAAAGGAGCUUCAGCGGGUCCUGGAAAACUGUCUGGAACUACAACACGGGCGUCAUUGCAACCAAAGUCACACAACAGAACACCUGCUACAUUUCCAUCAUGAACAGAAAUGAGAUGCCCCGCUUUGAUAACCUGGCCCGCCUGGCACAAGAGAGCAGGAACAUGAUUGGCGCUUUUGGAAGACAUACCAAGAGAAUCACCUUUGUCACCAAUGGAGUGGUCAACAACCUCAACUCCUAUGGAAUAGAAAUCGCGGCUAUGUGCAGCGGACUCACCACCUACAUGGCUUAUGAAGUUCACAGUGAGUCUUUCCAGGGACCCCAGGUGAAUCUGGGAUCAUGCAUUACCCUCGAUGUCCUGAGAGUUGUGGACCUGCAGUACUGCAUUGGCAAUGGCAGUGUCAAUUUCCCGUCUCAGCAGAUUCCCAGUGGCAUCUUCAACCACACGCAAGUCAUCAUUGGUGGCCAGUCCCAAAUUGUGACCAUCAACAGGCAAUGGCGUGUGGCAAUCAUUGAGAGAAGGAACAUCAGCGGGUCCUGGAAAACCAUCUGGAACUACAACACGGGCGUCAUUGCAACCAAAGUCACGCAACAGAACACCUGCUACAUUUCCAUCAUGAACAGAAGUGAGAUGCCCCGCUUUGAUAACCUGGCCCGCCUGGCACAAGAGAGCAGGAACCUGAUUGGCACUUUUGGAAGACCUACCAAGAGAAUCACCUUUGUCACCAAUGGACUGGUCAACAACCUCUACUCCUACGGAAUAAACAUCGCAGCUAUGUGCAGUGGACUCACCACCUACUUGGCUUCUGAAGUUCACACUUUCCAAGGACCCCAGGCAAAUCUGGGAUCCUGCAUUACCCUCGAUGUCCUGAGAGUUGUGGAGCUGCAGUACUGCAAUAGCAAUGGCAAUUGGAAUGGCCAAUGGAAUGGCAAUUGGAAUGGCAAUGGCAAUGGCAACUGGAAUGGCCAAUGGAAUGGCAUUGGCAAUGGCCACUGGAACAACAACUGGAAUGGCAUUGGCAAUGGCCAGUGGAAUGGCCAAUGGAACGGCAAUGGCAAUGGCAACUGGAACAACGAUUGGAAUGGCAAUGGCAAUGGCAAUUGGAAUGGCCAAUGGAACGGCAAUAGCAACUGGAACAACAAUUGGAAUGGCAACAGCAAUGGCAACUGGAAUGGCAAUUGGAAUGGCAAUUGGAAUGGCAAUGGCAUUGGCAAUGGCAACUGGAACAACAACUGGAAUGGCAUUGGCAAUGACAACUGGAACAACAUUUGGAAUGGCAUUGGCAAUGGCAACUGGAACAACAAUUGGAAUGGCAUUGGCAAUGGUCAAUGGAAUGGAAAUGGCAACUGGAACAACAAUUGGAAUAGCAAUGGCAACUGGAAUGGCAUUUGGAACAGCACUGGCAAUUGGAAUGGCAAUUGGAAUGGCACUGGACAGUGGGGUAACAACCAACAAAUCAUCGCUGAUGGAGAUUCCCACAUCUCCAUCUCUGGUGGGAACUCUCAUAUCUCCAUCUCUGGUGUCUCACAAAGCAUAAGCAUCAAUAGCCAAACACAAAAGGCAAUUAUAGAGCAAAAGAGCAACCAUUUGUCCUGGAAAACCAUCUGGAACUACAACACGGGUGUCAUUGCAACAAAAGUGAUGCCAGAGAGAACAUGCUACAUUUCCACCAUGAACAGGAGUGAAAUGCCUACCUUUGCUGCACUUGUCAGAGUGGCUGCAGAGAGGAGGAACCUUUUCGGUUUUGGAAGACCGACCAAGGAGAUCACCUUUGUCACCAAUGGAUUGGUCAGCAACCUCCAGUCUUAUGGAUCAGAUGUCUUCUCUAUGUGCAGUGGACUCACCACCUACAUGGCUUAUGAGGUUCAUGGACACCAAGUCAAUCUGGGAUCAUGCAUUACCCUUGAUGUCCUGAGAGUUGUGGAUCUGAAGUACUGCAACAGCAAUGGCAAUGGACAAUCUCAGCAGAUUCCUGGUGGUGAGGGCAACACCCAAGUCAUCAUUGGUGGCCAGUCCCAAAUUGUGACCAUCAACAGGCAAUGGCGUGUGGCAAUCAUUGAGAAAAAGGCCGGCAUUGGAUCCUGGAAAACCAUCUGGAACUACAACACGGGCAUCAUUGUUACCAAAGUCACACAACAGAACACCUGCUACAUUUCCACCAUGAACAGAAAUGAGAUGCCCAGCUUCAAUAAUCUGGCCCGCCUGGCACAAGAGAGCAAGAACCAGAUCGGUCAUGGAAGACCAUCCAAGAAGAUCACCUUUGUCACCAAUGGAUUGGUCAGCAACCUCCAGUCUUAUGGAUCAGAUGUCUUCUCUCUGUGCAGUGGACUCACCACCUACAUGGCUUAUGAGGUUCAUGGACACCAAGUCAAUCUGGGAUCAUGCAUUACCCUUGAUGUCCUGAGAGUUGUGGAUCUGAAGUACUGCAACAGCAAUGGCAAUGGACAAUCUCAGCAGAUUCCUGGUGGUGAGGGCAACACCCAAGUCAUCAUUGGUGGCCAGUCCCAAAUUGUGACCAUCAACAGGCAAUGGCGUGUGGCAAUCAUUGAGAAAAAGGCUGGCAUUGGAUCCUGGAAAACCAUCUGGAACUACAACACGGGCAUCAUUGUUACCAAAGUCACACAACAGAACACCUGCUACAUUUCCACCAUGAACAGAAAUGAAAUGCCCAGCUUCAAUAAUCUGGCCCACCUGGCACAAGAGAGCAGGAACCAGAUCGGUCAUGGAAGACCAACCAAGAAGAUCACCUUUGUCACCAAUGGAUUGGUCAGCAACCUCCAGUCUUAUGGAUCAGAUGUCUUCUCUCUGUGCAGUGGACUCACCACCUACAUGGCUUAUGAGGUUCAUGGAGUCCAAGUCAAUCUGGGAUCAUGCAUUACCCUUGAUGUCCUGAGAGUUGUGGAUCUGAAGUACUGCAACAGCAAUGGCAAUGGACAAUCUCAGCAGAUUCCUGGUGGUGAGGGCAACACCCAAGUCAUCAUUGGUGGCCAGUCCCAAAUUGUGACCAUCAACAGGCAAUGGCGUGUGGCAAUCAUUGAGAAAAAGGCCAGCACUGGAUCCUGGAAAACCAUCUGGAACUACAACACGGGCAUCAUUGUUACCAAAGUCACACAACAGAACACCUGCUACAUUUCCACCAUGAACAGAAAUGAGAUGCCCAGCUUCAAUAAUCUGGCCCGCCUGGCACAAGAGAGCAAGAACCAGAUCAGUCUUGGGAGACCUACCAAGAAGAUCACCUUUGUCACCAAUGGAUUGGUCAGCAACCUCCAGUCUUAUGGAUCAGAUGUCUUCUCUAUGUGCAGUGGACUCACCACCUACAUGGCUUAUGAGGUUCAUGGAGUCCAAGUCAAUCUGGGAUCAUGCAUUACCCUUGAUGUCCUGAGAGUUGUGGAUCUGAAGUACUGCACUGGCAAUGGCAAUGGACAAUCUCAGCAGAUUCCCGGCGGCAUCUUCAACAACACGCAAGGCAGCAUCUUCAACAACACCCAAGUCAUCAUUGGUGGCCAGUCCCAAAUUGUGACCAUCAACAGGCAAUGGCGUGUGGCUGUCAUUGAGCAAAGGAGCUUCAGCGGGUCCUGGAAAACCGUCUGGAACUACAACACGGGUGUCAUUGCCACCAAAGUCACUCAACAGAACACCUGCUACAUUUCCAUCAUGAACAGAAGCGAGAUGCCCCACUUUGAUAACCUGGCCCACCUGGCAGAAGAGAGCAGGAACCAGAUCAGUUUUGGAAGACCUACCAAGAAGAUCACCUUUGUCGCCAGUGCAUUGGUCAGCAACCUCCAGUCUUAUGGAUCAGAUGUCUUCUCUAUGUGCAGUGGACUCACCACCUACAUGGCUUAUGAGGUUCAUGGUUUCCAGGGGCCCCAGGUGAAUCCUGGAUCAUGCAUUACCCUCGAUGUCCUGAGUGUUGUGGAUCUGAAGUACUGCCUUGGUAAUUUCCAUGGCAAUGGACAGUCUCAGCAGACGGGUAACAACUGCCAUUUCUCUGGUGCGUGUGUUUACCAAAACAUGACCCUCAGCAGCCAAACCCGUGAGGUGAUUAUCGAGCAAAGGAGCGAGCAGCUCUCCUGGAAAACCAUCUGGAACUACAACACGGGCAUCAUUGCAACCAAAGUGGUGCAGGAGAGAACGUGCUACAUUUCCACCAUGAACAGAAAUGAGAUGCCCGCCUUUGAUGCUCUCGUCCAAUAUGCUUCAGAGAACAGGAACCAGAUCAGUCUUGGGAGACCUACCAAGAAGAUCACCUUUGUCACCAAUGGAUUGGUCAGCAACCUCCAGUCUUAUGGAUCAGAUGUCUUCUCUAUGUGCAGUGGACUCACCACCUACAUGGCUUAUGAGGUUCAUGGAACCCAGCUGAAUCAGGGAUCGUGUCUCUCACUUGAUGUCCUCAAACUUGUGGACCUGAAUUAUUGUGGUGGCAAUAUCAAGGCCUGAAAACCUUAUCUUUCUUCAAUCAAGAACAGAGACUCUGAGCUGCUGCCCAAGGCAAACCCUGAUGCAAUUCUUCCCUCACAUCUCCUUUUAGAGAUGGUCUUGGGGAUUUAGAUGCUGACACAGAUCAACUGGUGGCUACAUCUUUCAAAUAAAGUCCUUCAUUAUGUAUUAA